UAAGUACGAAGGUUUGUUUGGAAUUUAGGCUAAGAAAAGGAGAGGGAGGUAGAAGUUUACAAGGCAAAAUGGCUGCAUCAACUUCACCUUCGUCCACUUCGAAUGCUGCUGCAGAUUCCACUCACCAUCUCAUUAAACGAAUAAGAAGCCACGAGAUUGCUAUAGUGGAGCUCAACAAUCUUUCGUCCUCUCGGGCUGUUUAUCAGAAAAAUGGGAACAUAUUUUUCCGUACUACUGCUCGGAAAGCAACCGCAUUUGAACAGAGACAACUUGAUGCAACUAAAGCUAAGCCACAGCAGUUAAAUUCACCUUGAUUUUUGUUAGAGCUCUUUAUGGUCUGCCAAUUAUUUUUGUUACCUGCUGUUUUUAGACUAUUUGCUUGCUUGUUGUACCAAACAUUCACUGUUGACAAAACCAAAAAAAUGAAAAAUAAUUUUUUUUUUUUUGUUUUCUCAUUAAGAGAUUAUGUUCUAUAUUAGGAUCAUUUUGAAAUGUGAACUACUUUAUAUGUAUAUUUCAAUACAACAAUUUCUUGAAAGCAGUGCAGGAUUUGAAAAAUGUUCAUCAA